AUGGCGACGAAGUACGAGCUCCCAUUCAAGCUAGCAGACUCUACUCUGUUGCAUUUCGACUCCUUCGUUGGUAACAAAUGGGCCGAGGCAAAGAGUGGGAAGCGCUUCGAAGUACUUGAUCCCGGUACCGACAAGCCGUGGGCAAGCUGCCCCAAUAACGGAGCAGAAGAUGUCGCCGCAGCCGUAGAAACCGCACACACAGCAUUCGAGCAAUUCCGCAAAGUCAACCCGCGCCAGCGAGCAAAGUGGUUGUUGAAAUGGCACGACCUGACCCUAGCUGCGCGAGACGAUCUCGCUCAAAUCGUCACACACGAAACUGGAAAGCCGUUAGCCGAAGCAUACGGAGAACUGGACUACUCACUCGGCUUCUUGUGGUGGUUUGCAGGCGAGGCAGAGCGUAUCCAAGGCAGUGUCUCCACAGCAGCAGCGCCCAACCGACGGCUAUUUACCAUCAAACAGCCCAUCGGAGUAGCUGCUGCAUUGGUCCCAUGGAACUUCCCCGUUGCCAUGGUUCUACGGAAGGUCGGCGCUGCAAUGGCUGCGGGUUGCACAAUGAUUGUGAAGCCCAGUCCCGAGACGCCGAUUUCUGCCCUCGUGUUGGCAGAGCUGGCGCAGCGCGCGGGCAUUCCGGCUGGCGUGUUCAAUGUCCUGACCACGGACUUGGAGAACACGCCACCCUUGAGUGAGGCGCUGUGCAAGCACCCGCUUGUUAAGAAGGUGACUUUCACUGGAUCUACGCGCGUGGGAAAGCUUGUGGCUUCUCACUGCGCUCAGGGUCUUAAGAAGCUGACUCUUGAGCUUGGUGGCAACUGUCCCUUUAUCGUCUUUGAUGAUGCCAACCUCGACCAGGCACUUGAGCAGUUGAUGACGUUGAAGUGGCGCCAUGCUGGUCAGGCUUGUAUUACUGCCAACAGGAUCUAUGUCCAGGCGGGUGUUUAUGAUAAAUUUGCCGCCCUUCUGAAGGAGCGCACUGCUGCUCUGGUUGUUGGACACGGUGCUGCGACUGGCACCACUAUGGGCCCUCUAACCACGCCCCGUAGCAUCGACAAGGCCACUGCCCAGAUUGAAGAUGCACGGCGUCUCGGCGCAGACGUCCUCUUGGGUGGAAAACCUGUGGCUAAGCCGGGGUACUUCUUUGAGCCAACUAUUCUCUCUGGAAUGACGGAAGAGAUGCUCAUCUCGCAGGAGGAAUCGUUUGCGCCCAUUGCUGCGCUGUAUCGAUUCGAGACUGAGGACCAGGCGGUCAAGCUGGCCAAUGAUACCAGUAUGGGUUUGGCUAGUUAUGCUUUCACGAAGAACAUUGACCGCAUGUGGCGUCUCUUGGAGAACCUGGAGGCAGGCAUGAUCGGAAUGAAUACAGGUAACCAAUCGGCAGCUGAGUCACCUUUCGGUGGCAUCAAGGAGUCUGGAUAUGGCAAGGAGAGUGGAAAGGACGUUGCAGUCAAUGAAUACUUAGUGACUAAGACGGGAACAUUGACAAUUGAGGGACAAUACUGA